UGGUAAUUUUUGUCCACUGGACGCGACGGGAAAACAUAUAAACUAUCUUUAUUGGAUCUUAUGGUUGUGAUAUUUGCUAUUCAUUACCCUGCAAGGCCAUUUAUAUGGUGCAGACAUGUAGUUGUCCGCAAGAUAGACCGAAUACCGAGGCCAAAAUUGGGUACAUGCGCUAUGUACAUGCCCCAUCCCGUGUAUCCCGUACGGGCUCGUCAUAGACUUCUACCGAACUCUCGUGUUGCACGAAUAUUAGUAUCUACCUAGGUCACAUACGCAGGUGAUACUUCAAUAUCGAUACAAAGUGUUGAUAAUUGUAUCACGUACGACUUAAAGGGCACAAAACAAAACAUAAUAAAACAUAAUAAGAUACAGUAGCAAUAAUCCAGCAUCAUGGCCGAUACCACCGCAGCAGCAACGUCGCGUGGCCCGGAAACAAAGCCGGGGCAGGAGACGGGCCGGCGCAUCGCGCAGAUCGUCAAGCUGAAGCCUGAGUUCGUCGACAAGUACAAGGAGUACCACGCCGCCGUGUGGCCGGACGUGUUGCGGCAGAUUAAGGAGUGCAAUAUUCGGGAUUACAGCAUAUACCACGACCCGGGCACCGGCAUCCUGUUCGCGUCGUUCAAGCACGUGGGCGCCGACUACGCGGGGGACAUGGAGAAGAUGCGCGCGAACCCGAAGGUCAGGGAGUGGUGGGCCAUGACGGAUGGGUUUCAGGAGAGUAUGGUCCCCGGUGCUACGAGCAGCGAGGCUGGGAACCCGCCGUGGUGGAGAGAGGUUGAGGAGGUGUUUUACGUGGCGUAGGUGGAAGGAAGGGGAGGGGCGGGGGUUGGUGAGUGAGGGCUCCGAGGUUGUGUGGGAUCUUUAUAUAUAUAUUUCUUUCCUUGCGAAAGCAGAGGUUGUAUAUGCACGUACCUGGGUAGGUACCUAGUAUAUAGACAUUACUGUGAUGCUUGUACCACAUUCUCAUCUAUACCUAGAUUCCACGCCUGUGGUAGAAUCCUUAGUCUACUUAGGUUGGGUAGGUACUUAGGUGCACUGAACCGAGCAUGUGAUAAAUCUAACCACGCCACCACUCAUGGUCAAGGCAAAGAGCAACCAAGUAGCAAGAAGCUGCACUCAGACCCGCUACCACCGCAAUAUCAACAAGACACCGCGCUGCCGACCAUAGGCAACCCUAAGCCAACAUCUCCCCUCUCCACUUACUUCCACAACCCAAACAACCCCCCCAACAAACCCC